GGCGCGCACGCCGCGCGGAGGGGCGGGAGCGCCGGGAGCGCGCACGCCCGGCGCGGGUGGACGGGACGGGCGCGUAUCCGCAGCCGUUGCUAAGCGGUUGCUUUCCGGCCGCCGUAGUGCUGUGGGAAAAUGAAGCUGGGAAAAAGAAGUGACAACUGAAACUUACGAAAGCAGUCCUAAUUGCGUUAGUUUGUAAAGACCUCUGUUUACAAAAUAAAUUGCUCAAGACAAAAGGAAAGAGGAACAUACUAAGAUGUCACCUGAAGUAGCCUUGAACAGAAUUUCUCCAGCACUCUCACCCUUUAUUUCCAGUGUGGUCAGAAAUGGAAAAGUAGGACUGGAUGCUACCAAUUGUUUACGGAUUACAGACUUGAAGUCUGGCUGUACAUCCUUGACCCCUGGACCUAGCUGUGAUCGGUUUAAGCUACAUAUCCCUUAUGCUGGAGAAACACUCAAAUGGGAUAUAAUUUUCAAUGCUCACUAUCCUGACCUGCCACCAGAUUUUAUCUUUGGAGAGGAUGCUGAAUUUUUGCCUGAUCCUUCUGCCUUGCAUAAUUUAGCUUCUUGGAAUCCUUCAAACCCUGAGUGUCUCCUCCUUGUUGUGAAAGAACUCGUGCAGCAGUAUCACCAAUUUCAAUGCAGCCGAUUACGUGAGAGCUCUCGUCUCAUGUUCGAAUAUCAAACUUUACUUGAAGAGCCCCAGUAUGGAGAAAACAUGGAAAUCUAUGCUGGCAAGAAGAACAACUGGACUGGAGAAUUCUCAGCUCGCUUCCUCUUGAAGUUGCCUGUAGAUUUCAGUAACAUUCCUACCUACCUGCUCAAGGAUGUGAAUGAAGACCCUGGAGAAGAUGUUGCACUUCUCUCAGUUAGUUUUGAGGAUGCAGAAGCCACUCAGGUUUUUCCUAAGCUGUACCUCUCCCCGCGUAUUGAACAUGCACUCGGAGGAUCAUCUGCCCUUCACAUCCCAGCCUUUCCUGGUGGAGGUUGUCUUAUCGACUAUGUACCCCAAGUAUGCCAGCUGCUAACAAACAAGGUACAGUAUGUUAUUCAGGGAUACCAUAAGAGAAGAGAGUACAUUGCAGCUUUCCUGAGUCACUUUGGAACUGGUGUGGUGGAAUAUGAUGCAGAAGGCUUCACAAAACUUACCCUGCUGCUGAUGUGGAAAGAUUUUUGCUUUCUUGUUCACAUUGACCUUCCCCUAUACUUUCCUCGAGAUCAACCAACCCUAACAUUUCAGUCUGUCUACCACUUCACUAACAGUGGCCAGCUGUAUUCCCAGGCCCAGAAGAAUUACCCUUACAGCCCCCGCUGGGAUGGCAAUGAAAUGGCCAAGAGAGCAAAGGCAUAUUUCAAAACGUUUGUCCCUCAGUUCCAGGAGGCAGCAUUUGCUAACGGGAAGCUUUAGGCAGCCUUGGGCACAGAGAUGAUGCUGGACGGAUCCUUCAGUCUGUGCGCGCAGCCCACAAGAAGAGCGCCUGGAAACGGGUUGGACUGUCUUGAUGGGUGCUUUCUUGCCUCUGAAAUUGUUUUGGUCGCUUCAGGUUUUGUCAGGUUUCUGAAACAAAAGACCUCACUAACAUGCUUAAAACUGCGUAUUUGAUGUUUGGCCUGGCCCUUUGCCUCUGCCACCACCAUUCCUAUAUAUAUCUACUGGAUUAAAUUGAAAAGGGUGUGUUUUGAUGUGAUAACAUAGUCUUGUGCCAACAAUGUCCUAUAUGUUAUGCCUUGUUUCGUUGUCUUCAAAUGGUGUAAAUUGGAUAGGUUUCCCCCCACAGAAUUACAGUGUAGUUUGUAUAUUUAGUUGCCAUUUCCAGUUUAUCCUAAGAAAAUACAAAACUGCCGUACAUACCAGGAAUGCCUAAUGGACUGUACAGUGCCAUGUUCUGCCUGGGAGGUUUGUGUCUCGCUGUGGUUAACUCUCACAGGUAUGGAUAUGAGUAGCACGCUUCAAUUCUCAGUGCCUUUCAAGUUGGUCUGAUAUUAAUAUGGCAAGGUAUUGGAGGGUUUGGGUUUUUUUUUAUAUUUCAGUUGAAAGCUCAUGUUAUAUGAAAUGUUGUGUUUUUAUGCUUUGUUUUUAUUUCCAGCUGUACAAUUUCAGUGGGGUUUUUUUAAUGAACUCCCCUUGCCGUUAUGAAAAAGUUCUACUUCUUUAGUACCAGUGUGCAAAGAACUGGUUAUAUAAAUCACUGUAACAAAAUAAAGCUCUUUCAUAGACCUCUAA